GUUAAGAAAAUUCUUCAGCGGAAAAGGAAUGGUGAAAAAAAGCUGAACCGUCAAAAAAACAUAAACAGAGCAAGUAGCUACACACUCGUGAGUGCACGUCGGGUUAACUCCUAUGUUGUAUAUUCAAUAUGCUAUAGCUUGCUAAGUAAUGUUAGUAGGUUGAAGACGUCUGCACCAAAGAUAAUCUUGGAAUAAACGACGUAGCUAAGUAGCUACGCCUCGACAGGCCUACGUUUACGACCACAGUCAGAGUUAUGUUGUUAACGAACGUUGGCUAGAUUUUUUUGUCAUGUCGACCUAUAUUAUAAGCCUCUAACUAGCUGUCUCGGAAGAAAAACGCAGGAUGGCGGAGGCAGAUGAUGGUAAAUCCAGUGUGCUUAACGGUGGGUCUGAGGAGCCAGAUCCAGGAGAGGACCCUGGUGUGGAGGAAGACGAUUCCACAGCCACAGAAGGACAGUCUGGCAGUCAAGCGGCUCCUGAUAAGGCAAAAGACAGAGUUAAGGACCAACCGCUGGCUGAGGCUGAGAGAGAGCCUGGCGAAGGAGAGAAUGAGGAGGAAGACACAGACAGUAUGGAUGGCAGUGGCCUCUACUCCCUGACUGAGGAAGCGGAGCGAGAAAGUGAGGGAGGUAGAAGAGAGCGAGUGAAAGAGCGAGAUGCAGCAAAGAGGGCUGCUAGGAAGAGGAACCGCCCGAGUGCUGGCACAGCGCACCACUCAUCCAGCUCUGACGAGGAUGAGGAUGAGGAGGAAGAGGAUCAGGAGGAGGAAGAAGAUGAGCAGACCAUGGAGGCGUGGCUGGGGGCAGAGCUGCGUGACCUCAGUGGGCCAUCUUGGCGGGCAGUGCCCUCGCUGCGGUCAAGGGAAAUUGGUCGGGGCUUGCACCAGUUUGUGAGGCGAGUGUGUGGCGCUCGGGGUUUGGUCCAGAGGCUGGAGCUCCAGGGGCGCCUGGAGAGACACACAGGCUGUGUGAACACCCUUCACUUCAACCCCUCAGGCACACGUCUGGCCUCCGGCAGCGAUGAUCUCCGGGUGGUGAUAUGGGACUGGGCACGACGCCGGGCUGAGCUUGAGUUUGACAGUGGGCAUAAGAGCAAUGUCUUUCAGGCAAAGUUCCUGCCACACAGUGGAGACUCCACUCUGGCCAUGUGUGCCCGAGAUGGUCAGAUCAGAGUGGCUGAGCUCUCUGCCACUCAGCGCUGCAAGAACACCAAGAGAGUUGCUCAGCAUAAAGGAGCAGCACACAAGCUGGCACUGGAUCCAGACUCCCCAUGCUCAUUUCUGUCGGCUGGGGAGGAUGCUGUGGUGUUUGGCAUCGACCUGCGCCUCGACCGGCCUGCCAAUAAACUGGUGGUGGUGAAGGAGGGGGACAAGAAAGUAGGCCUGUACACCAUCUUUGUGAACCCUGUUAACACACACCACUUUGCUGUGGGUGGGAGAGAUCAGUAUGUCAGGAUCUAUGACCAGAGGAAGAUCAAUGAGAAUGAUAACAACGGGGUCCUGAAGAAGUUCUGCCCUUCUCACCUGGUGUCCAGCGAGUCCAAAACUAACAUCACCUGCUUAGUUUACAGCCAUGAUGGCACAGAGCUCCUGACUAGUUACAACGAUGAGGACAUCUACUUGUUUGACUCCAGCCACAGUGACGGCGCAGACCAUAGCAGGAGAUACAAGGGUCAUCGCAACAAUGCUACAGUGAAGGGGGUGAACUUCUAUGGCCCUAGCAGUGAGUUUGUGGUCAGUGGUAGCGACUGUGGACACAUCUACUUGUGGGACAAGGUUUCGGCUCGCAUCGUCCAGUUCAUGGAGGGAGACAGAGGAGGAGUGGUAAACUGCCUGGAGCCCCACCCUCACCUCCCAGGUCUGGCCACCAGUGGGCUGGAUCAUGAUGUCAAACUGUGGGCCCCCACUGCAGAGAACCCCACCGGGCUCAAGGGCCUUAAAGACGUGAUGAAGAAGAACAAGCGCGAGCGUGACAAGGACAGUGUUCGCCAUGGAGACCAGUAUGACACUCAGCUCCUGUGGUUCCUUAUGAGACACAUGAGGAACAGGCGGCCGCAGAGGACACGUCGUGAGGGAGGCGCUGAGGGAGACACUGACGAAUCGUGGAGCUCUCCUGACUCGUCCGAAGAAGAGGAGGGAGGGCCGGACCACGUCCAAUGCAUGUCCUCAUGAGCCAAAGAGACAUGCAAGCGUACACACACACACACACACACACACACACACACACACACACACACACACACAUUAUUGCCCUUGAAUUUAUGCACAUAGGCAGGCACUAUUGACACACUGGCACACAUGAACAUCAAGAGACUGAGUUAACAUUGAAAAGGUAUUCCCAUAUACAGACACAAGAACAUCCAAACAGCUGAGGCAAACGGGAGGGGGUAGACCCUGACACACAACCUUCCUUCUCGUCGGAGUGCAUUGUGGACGUUGGUGUUCACGGAGCCUGUUGACACAGACACUCUGAACACGUGGGUCUGAAGGAGACGGAGUGCUCCCACCCCUACACCACCUUUUGAACUCGUGUACACCCAUACAUCAGAGGCAUAUCACUAUCAGCUGUACAUCAUUUGCAAUGCACACGUUUACCCCACUGUCCUUAACUCUGUCCCUCCCCUAUCUGAUCUGUUGGUGAUGAUUUAAAUGGAUGGAUGGGAAUUCAACUCCCAAUCAUGAGUGAUUCACGCCAUAGAUUUUAAACCAGAGCCCUCAAACGUCAAACCCAACUCUUCUCCCCAUUCACCCUUUUCUAAGUUAGCUUUCAGAAUAUCAGUACACAUUCAAAAACGUUUUGGACCACAGAAGACUAUAUUAUGCUAUUACACUGGUUUUGUUAUGUGUAAUACCCUACUAGUGAAUCAUUAAGAGGUUUUGGUCCAGGUUAGCCAGAUAUCUCCCCAGGUCUCUGAUGGUAUGACCACAAAGGUGCCACCAGCCGUAAGAUACUCAGCCUGUGUCGAGGAUCACUACGGUGUCUUGACCGGGUUUUUAAAUGUCACAGGUUUUCCAAUGAGUUGAGCCUGUCGACUCGACAAAAAUCACGUGUAUUUCAGCUCUUUGGUUACUGCGUCAGUUCUGCUCUGAUGUGUUGCUUUCAGUCACAUCCAGUCCUUCACGCCCCCCCGCCCCCUUCACACGCUACUGAAUGCACUUUAAUCAGGGACGUGCCGUUUAACUUUCUUACAGUGUGCGUUUGGUGGCCAAUCAUGCAAUGUUAUGACACAUUGCAAAAUGUGUCUUCCAGAGCCCUUCAGAGAAGUUAAGAUUUGUUCAUGUAAAUGUAGACUAGUGUUUCACUCAAGUUGUCUAAUUCGGAAUUUGCACUUAGCAGGAGUGUCUAGAUCAUGGCUCCCGCUGAAAUGUGAGAGAAUCAUUCCCUCUGCUUCCACCAUCUUAAACCCUCCAACUCCCUCCUCCCCUUUUACACUCCUGGUAUACCAUCCUGACCUUGCCCUCUCCCUUUCUAAGCCCCACCCUUCUCUGCUCUGAGAGUUCACAUUUGUAGGGUUGCUGAGGAACAUACGGAUGAUCUCGUUGAAGAUGCAUGCGCAUCCAAAAGGAUUGUCAUUUCUCUAUUCAGGAACCCUGAUCUUAUGGCCCGACACGUCAUGUCCUGCUUCUACAUCCACUGCUGAUGCUCUUUCAGAUACCAUUCCUCUAUCUACGGCCGUCUGUCUAGUCAGGCCUGUGGGUCUGUUACAGCAUGCAGUGGGACAGUAGGGAGGAUUUCUCUGCUUGCCAGUUAUUGUUUUUUUGUGAGAGCUAUAAAGUCCAGCUUUUUCUCAUUUUGUAUGAGAAUUAUAGAAGUUAGAUGAAUUUAUAUGUACAUAUAUAUAAAAAAACUGUAAAGAAAUAAUCUUUAGCAAAAGACGUUUGACUUAAAAUAAGCAUCAAAAUAUUUGAUUGGUAUUGAUUCAGAGGUUUAUAUUAUAUAUGAGAACAAACUACUUUUAAAAUGAAGACAAAGAUGAUAAUUUUUUUUUUGUAAAUGACAUCCCCAAUUGUUACUGUAGAUUAUAUUGUCAGGGUUCAUUUCAACAGUGGGUUGAGUUUGGUUCCUUUUCAUUUACAGUUUUCUCCCUUCAAUAUCUUGACCUGUUGUUUUUCUUAGAGGCAGCCAUGUUCAAACUGUCCUGCUGUCUAUUUUUAUUUGUUCUUGUAUACAUCUUUAGGCUUUUGAUCAAUGAUUUAUUCCACUGCUGCCUAAUAUUGUAUUCUACUGGUUCAGUCUGAAACAUGUACGAUUUGUGCAAUAAACAGAAGACCAUG